AUGCCACGCAAGGCGCGAACCCCAGAGUCUCUCGCCCUCAAUCGUGAGAACCAACGUCGUUCUCGCGCUCGUCAACGUGAGCUGCUCGACGAUCUUCAGGGUCGCGUGCGUGAGUACGAACGUCGCGAUGCGCAGGCUACCCUUGAAAUGCAGCGCGUGGCCAGGGUUGUGGCUGGUGAGAACGCGGCUCUGAGAGCCUUGCUUGCUGCAAAGGGUGUUGCUCCCGAAGAAGUCGAGGCUCAUAUUGAAGCUGUGAGGCAUGACGACAAGACCGCUGUUAAAACUGGUGUGUCUUCGUUUACGCCCGUGGCGACGCCGUCUACUACGUCGCCUGUCGUCAUCCCUUCGAGACCCAUGCCGGUUUUUCAGUCUCAGUGUCAACCUCAAGGCUGUGGUCCUAGCAAUCCUCCUAUUACUUUUCAGCCCAUGAUGUAUUCGCCGCCGACGCCUUCUACAACUGUGAAUACUUGCACUGAAGAGUCAGGCUGUUGUCCUAGACCACAACCUCCGCCACAGCCAGAGAUGCAACCGGAGAUGCAACCGGAGAUGCAGCAUCCGAGAUCCAUUGACAAAAUACACUGCAUGGAGGCUGCUACUAUUCUUGCGCAAAUCAAAGGCCAUUCGGAUAUUUCCAACGCGCGUGCUUUUCUUGGAUGUGCUUCUAAUGACAACUGCAUGGUUCGAAAUACAGAUUUACUCACCCUCAUGGACGAGAUGACAUGA